CUCUCCUCUUUUAUACGCUCCCACCUUUCCCCGCUAUACCCCAUUGCCCGCAAAAGCUUGCUUGCUCUUUCUCUCCACCGACGCUUCCCUCUUCUCUCGCUCCCAAAACUCCUAUACCUUGCAUGCACUUUGAGCUCUCCGGAGACCAUCCCGCCUUCUUCUUGCUGGUAGAAACGCCCGCUUCUCGAGAUUCGGCGCCAUGGCGAACGCACCGCCGCCGCCACCGGACGGCAUAGGGGACGACUUCUUUGAGCAGAUCUUCUCGAUGCCGCCGCCCUACACCGGGGGGGACGGCAGCGGCGGCGGCGGCCUCGCUGGAGGAGGCGAGGGAGGUAUGCCCGCGGGGAUCGUACUCCCUCGCGGGGACGGCUCCGUCGCCGGCGGGCCGGCGGGGUUCCCGCUGGGGCUCAGCUUGGAGCGGGGCUCCGGCAGUGGCAAAAGGUUCCGGGACGAAUCGGCGGCCAAAGCGGUGCCGGAGAGGGAUCCGGUGCAGUUAGCGGGAUUGUUUCCUCCGGGGUUCGGUCACCUCCAGUCUCAUCAAAUCCGGCCUAAUCCUCCAGCUCCUCCUCCUCAGACUUUUCAUGGGCAAGUGAAGCAAGGCGGGGUUGCUGCAGGGCCACAACCACCAGCCCCACGACCAAAGGUGCGGGCACGGCGGGGUCAAGCCACCGAUCCUCAUAGUAUCGCUGAGAGGCUACGCAGAGAAAGAAUAGCAGAAAGGAUGAGGACUUUGCAGGAGUUGGUUCCAAACACCAAUAAGACAGACAGAGCAGCCAUGCUUGAUGAAAUCUUAGAUUAUGUGAAGUUUUUGAGACUUCAAGUGAAGGUUUUAAGCAUGAGUAGGCUGGGUGGUGCUGGUGCCGUGGCACAGCUGGUAGCUGAUAUCCCACUAUCAGUUGAGGGGGAGGCAAGUGAGAGUGGGAGCAACCAGCAGGUGUGGGAGAAGUGGUCAACGGAUGGCACAGAAAGGCAAGUAGCAAAGCUCAUGGAAGAAGACAUCGGAGCAGCAAUGCAACUCCUCCAGUCCAAAGCCCUCUGCAUGAUGCCAAUCUCACUUGCCAUGGCAAUCUAUGACACGCAUGACCAGCCUGAAGGCCACGCCGUUAAGCCUGAACCCAACACCCCUUCAUAGACUACUAAGACCAUCAUCUAUAGAACCCAUGAACGGCUACUACAUCCUGCCCCUAUACAUAUGUAUGAAGCUUCCACAGCCCAAUUUCUUCAGUAGUACUUCUGGGAGGACCUGAAAGAUCUCCCUAGCUGGACGAGUACCAAAUGUCACUUUCUCACCUCCCCCUCUUCUUUUGUCAAAGGUGCUGUGAUUGGAAGGAAAUGGCAAGCAAAGAGUCUUCCCAUGUCUACAAAUCUUCCAUUUUUUUUGAGUGGGAGGAAGGCAUUGCUAAAGGUCAUGCCCGCUCUUAUUUUGUCUUGUGGGGGUUGUGCUGCACUAACCAUACACUUUGUGGUGGGGACUCCUUUUUUUUCUUUUAAAUGUAGGGCAUAUUGGGACUGAUCAAAAAUGGAUGGAUGGUUUUAUAUAUUCAUACACAAGUUUCAUUGAAUUGGAAAGAAAGAUGGAAGGGGAUAAAUAAUGA